AUGACGCUGUCAACAUUCGCUGAAUUUGGCAUGGUGAUCCAUUUCUUCAAGAUGGGGGUGCAAAUUGAUCCCAGGCAAAUCUUGAAGAUUGAAAAGCAAGCAAUAGUGAUUGGUGUAGUUGGUCACGUAUCUUCUUUAGCAUUUAGUGGUGUGGUUUUGAAUAUUAUUGGAUCACUAUACCCAGAAGAAAAUAGAGACCCUAGUGUUCGCGUUUUACUGUUGACAUCUUCUGUGAGUACAUUUCCUGUUGUUAGUGCCUUUCUAACUGAGAUGAAUAUCAUUAAUUCAGAGGUUGGACGCAUAGCUGUGUCCACUUCUCUGGUUAGUGAUUCAUGCAUGUGGGUAUUAUAUUUUGUGCUCAUCAAUGGCACCAUAGCGAUUCGACAAGAAACAUAUAAACCUAUUACAGAAAUGAUAGUGUCGGUUUCUUAUUUCGCCAUUUUGUUCUUCCUUCUGAGGCCAUUGGUUAUAUGGAUCUCAAAUCGUAAUCCACGAGGAAAACCAAUGACAGAAAGUCACUUUAUUUGGAUCAUUUGUAUACUUUUGAUUGUUGGAUUCACUGCAAGUGUUUCAGGACAACCUCCUUUUUUUAUUGCCUUCUGUUUUGGGUUGGUCUUACCGGAUGGUCCUCCUUUAGGUUCUGUUCUCACAGAAAGGCUUGACACUGUUGGUUCUACUCUGAUUGUUCCAUCUUAUUGCACCAUUGUUGGCCUUAAAACUAGUCCUCGUUCAUUGGGAGAUUUCAAGUCACUCACCAUUGAGCUUAUCUUACUUUCACUCUAUCUAGGCAAGUUUAUGGGCACCAUCGUCUCCUCACUUCUUUUUCAGAUUGAAUUUGGGGAUUCUCUUGCAUUGUCUCUCAUCAUGUGCUGUAAAGGCCUCAUGGAUCUCUGCUUCCUCAACUUAUUAUUGAAUGUUAAGGCAAUAGGAGAGCAACCUUUCACCCUAGCUAUAUUUACCAUGGUGGUGGUAACUGGUUGUGCAAGUUUAUGUGUUUAUCUCAUGUAUGAUCCUUCAAGAAAGUGCAGAGGAUAUGUUAAAAAGACAGUUAGGAAUUCUCAGCCGGAACCAGCUCUGAAAAUACUUGCAUGUGUCCAUUAUGAAGAAAACGUAUAUCCAAUGAUUAACAUUUUGCAAGCCUCUAACCCCACAGAGGAUACACCAGUCUCAGUCUUUGUCCUUCACCUUGUGGAGCUUUCAGGCAGUGUUCUUCCCACACUCACAAAAGAUAAGAGUCCUAACAAGUCAUCUGAAGGCAUACACAACGUGUUCGAUCAAUUUCACAAGCACAACGAGGGUUAUGUAGAGUUGCAUUUCUUCACAGCAAAAACCCCAUUUGUAAGCAUGCCCUACGAUAUAUGCAACCUUGCAAUGGAGUUCAUGUCCAACAUUGUGAUUAUGCCAUUUCAUAAAUGGUUCACUGAAGGAAACAUCGAGUACUCGAAUGCUUCAAUCAAGACACUGAACCAACAUGUUCUAAAGAAAGCUCCUUGCUCUGUUGGGAUCUUCGCAGAUCGGAGUCAGAUCAGUGAGAAAGCAUUAGGGUUAUAUGAGAAGUUAAUCUGUGAAAUUGCAAUGAUCUACUUGGGUGGAGGUGAUGACCAAGAGGCAUUGUCUUUUAGUUUACGUAUGGCUCAACAUCCAAAUAUGAGACUCACAGUGUUUUGGGUUAGGGUUAACACGCAAAGCAAAUCAAGGAAAACGAAGAACCCUUACAUUGACUUGAGGGAACAAAUACGUUAUAGUAGUUGCCUUGAAGGCAAAGUAACGUUCAAGGAAGAGGUUGUGGAAGAUGGAGCAGAUACAACAAAAGCUAUUCUAAGAAUAGAGAAACUCUUUAGUUUGAUCAUAGUUGGUAAGCAUCAUGUGAAAGACUCUCCAUGUACACUAGGCUUGACAGAGUGGUGUGAACUUCCUGAGCUUGGUCCACUUGGAAACCUCUUAGCCACAUCAGAUUUUACAUGUUCAUUUUUGGUCAUACAAGAACAACCAAGGUGGUUUUGA